AAAAGGUUUAAUUGACAGCUCACACUCGGCAUUAUAAUUUUGUUAAUUCCUCAGACAACAAGCAACUCUUAAAUCAGAAAAAAUGGUAUACCUUGUUAAAGAUGAAAAUGACUUCAACUCACAACUUGAAGCUGCCGGUGACAAAUUGGUUGUUGUUGACUUCUUUGCUACAUGGUGUGGUCCAUGCAAGAUGAUUGCUCCAAAAUUAGAAGAAUUUGCUUCUAAGUACUCGGAAAGAAUUGUUGUUAUCAAGGUUGAUGUUGACGAAUGCGAGGAAUUAGCUGUUAAGUUCAACAUUUCAUCUAUGCCAACUUUUGUAUUCAUCAAGAACAGCCAGAAAGUUGAUAGCUUUUCAGGCGCCAAUAGCGAUAAAGUUGAAAAGACAAUUCUUCAAUAUUCAGCAUAAAUCUAAUUGCUACAGUAUUGUCAAACUAUAAAGCAUAAAAAUAUAAGAG